CCUACUCCUCCACGCCAUGUCCGGUACAGCGGCGCCUCCCGUGCGCCAGUCCCUGCCAUGGCGGCUCGGCUCCGUGGCCGUCAUGAGUAGCGUCGGCUUCGUCUCAAGGGCCUUCCUCUACGGCCUCAACAAGGUCGAGGUCACUGGGCUGGACAACCUCCUCUCCACGCUCGAUCGCAGGCGGACCCAGUGCCGGGAUCGCGGCCUGCUGACCGUCUGCAACCACGUCGCCGUGUAAGUGAGCCGCUGUACUGCUUCCAUUUCGCGCGCGCGCGCGAGGGGCCGUGUUCGUAGCUUACGCGAUCGCGGCGCGCGUGCACAGGGUCGACGAUCCGCUCAUGUGGGGGAUCCUUCCUCUGCGCUACCAGACCGAUGUUCGGAACCUGCGAUGGAGCCUGGGCGCGCACGACAUAUGCUUCAAGAACAGCUUCUUCUCCACCUUCUUCAGCCUGGGUCAAGUGCUGCCAACUCGACGGCUAUGGCAUUCGCCCUUGGGCGGUCUCUACCAACCCACCAUGACCCAAGCAGUCCAGCUCCUAUCCGGUCCCUCUACCUCUCCUACUCCACCGAGCCUGACCUUCUCGACCGACGGCACCGACUCCUUCCCCGCCCCCGCCGCAUAUACCGCCAACCGCAACGCCUGGGUCCACGUCUUCCCAGAGGCGUGCUGCCACCAAAGCCCCGACAGCGGCCUUCGAUACUUCAAAUGGGGCGUUUCCCGGCUCAUUCUCGAGAGCGACCCCGCUCCCGAGUUCAUACCCAUGUUCAUCCACGGCACCCAGUCCAUCAUGCCCGAGGAUCGGGGUUUUCCGCGCUUCCUUCCUCGCAUAGGAAAGCGCUUCAGGGUCGUUAUCGGCGAGCCCACCGAUGUUGACCGCCUCUUUGGCGAGAAGAGAGCCGCCUGGAAGAAGCUGGUGGAGACGAGCAGCGCCGAGGACCUGCAGCAUGGGCCCGAGGCCGUGCAACUAAGGAUCGAAGUCGCCAGGUCUGUUCGCGACGAGAUCCAGAAGCUGCGCGAAAGUGCCGGGUUCCCGCAUGAAGAGGACGAGACGGCGGCACUCGCAGACACGUGGUCCAAAGAGCCCAGCAAGCGCAAGUUUAAGAGUCCCGUCGACGGCAGUCUCGUCAACAGACACUGAGCGACACGUAAAUAUAACAAGACAACCGCUGCAGGCCCGCUACUGGCGCCCUAGGCGUGCAUUAACUGACCUCCGGUUGCAACACCAAGUACAUGAGCCGCGCGCUCAGACAUUAUGCUCUAUGGCCCUUACGCUAAACAAAAAUGCACGCCUCCUUUCCAGUCUAACUGACAUGAACCACCAACUCCAAGGUGAGCAAUUCGUAAACAACAUUCGUCAAGACGAAGACGGUAGGGAGGCGUCAGUCAGCCGGCACCAACUGCACCACCCAAAG